CCUCCGCACCCUCUCCCUUCCUUCCCAUGACCCAUCGAUUUUACAUUCUUCUUCCUCUUUCUCUUCCCCCAUUUUUAUUUUCUUUUUCUGUUUCUCUAACACAUGAGAGGAGGAGCUGGCCCUGGUUCCUCAAGUAUUGUUGCUACUGCUAGUGUAUGCUUAUGGAGAGUCCAGAUUAUUCACCACCCCACGUGGACGCAUCUCGUCCGUCCCUCGGGUUCCCUCUUGGCACUGCCUUACUCUUGAUCAUCAUUUUCACCUUGAGCGGUAUUUUCUCUUGCUGCUACCACUGGGAUAAGCUCAGAUCACUCCGUCGCUCUUUCUCCGACGACCCAGAUCCCGAGGCUGACAUCGAGGCUUCACCCUCUAAACCUAAGCCUCAUAACAUGGAUUUGAAGCAGAAUCAAAGCCAAAGCUUUCCAGUACUGAUGCCUGGUGAUCAGAUUCCAAAGUUUAUUGCAUUGCCAUGUCCAUGUGAGCCACCACGAGCGGAGAAAGUGGUUCUUAAAGUGCCAAAGCCACCUAAACCGCCGCGAUUUCCGGUGCCUUUAUAUUAGCAAAUGCCCAAUGGGUACUGCUUAUGCGCAGGAGCGUGCUGAAUCGUCAGAUUGACCCACCAUGUUAAUGUACAUAAAGGGGAAUUUAUUCAGUUUAAUGAUUUUAUAUUUUUUCUUCUGGUUUUUGCUGUUGGGAAAAAAAAUGAAAGAAGAAGAAGAAGAAGAGUAGGAUUAGCUUAAUUAUUACCCCAUUAGAGAGUAGGUCAAUUUGUAUACAGUUACUGUUUCUUGUUGUAAGACUCUGAAUUUUUCACUACUUGUGUAGUUAUUUCCUCAUAUGGAAAAGAUUAAAUUUAAAAAAGAAAAAAAUUCCAACUAUGUUCGUUGA